ACCGCAUCGAGUAUUUAUUGUAGAAAGCUUAUUGAAAUUUCGCGACAUAAAUGAAAUGGCAUCUUCAUCCAGCUCGACCUUCGCAGUUAACCAGUCGAGACAGCGCCAAACCCAGCAGCGCAGUCCUUUCACCAAGGUUAAACCCAAAUUCAAGCUUAACGUGACUGCAACUCCGUUCGUUUACCAAUCGCAUACUUCGAACUCGUCGGCAGCCCUUCGCAACGGUGACAGCAUGCCCGAAAUUGGAUACAUUGGUCCAACCCAGCUACCGGUAAAUAGUCGCAUCUGGAGCAGUAUCUCCAACUACCCACUGGAGCAGGCUCCCGUUGUUCGAAGCACCACACCGAGCCAGCUAUUCCAAUACUUUCAGCAGCAGAAACAACAACAGCAGCUUCAACAGCACCAGCAGCUUCGGCAAUACCAGCUUAAGCGCCAGUACUCCUCCACGCCGCACCUGGCCAACGAACCAAUUCGUCAGUUUGGCCCGGUAGUACUGCCAAAUGGAAUCAUUCAGCUGCACCUGCGCGAUGCCGUGAUCAUUGAGAUGACCGUGGAUCGCUCGAUUAAGCUGGUCAAUAGUCAGGAGCGCAUUAUGAUGGCCCUGUCCAGCUCGGGAACAUCUACGGCGUUGAAUCAUCCGAAUGGGAUCGUGUUCCAGAAUGGCUCCCGGGUGGACAUCGUGGCGUACGAUGGUCUUACGAAGAAUUCAUUUGUUCGUUACGCCAAGAUGUGGCAGAAGGGAAUCAGCCUCACCAGUGAAGGGUGCGCUCUGAUCUACCUGGUCGAUGCAGCCGGCACCCGUACCACUUCUGAUAUGAUCAACAUCGAUUUAAACACAGAUUACAUCAGCCCGGUUUUCCACCAUGGUACUCGCAUCGGAUCCCAAUUCUACCAGGAAGCCGAUCAGAUCGCUCAGAGCGCCAACUUUUGGCUCAACGAUGACGGUACUGAAAUCUUCCACGUAAACGGUUUCCGCAUCCAGCAGACGAUGGAUGGCCUGGUGAAGGUGACCCGCAUGAACAACCGUUGCAACCUUCGAACGAGCCCCACUAAUGGUUCCGCUACGAUUACCACGCCGUACAUCCACUGCACGGCAUCGAUGGGACAAACCUCGCAUCUGUUCGUACGCCGUGAAGAAUGCCGGAUGCACUUUGAUGGCAAUUCGUUUGUCGUUCGCAACGCGGGUCAUUCAGCCGGAUUCGAUGACUGGAACAGAUUGCGGGUGUACUAGCAUUUUGUUGAGA